GUUGCAUAUUUUCAUUUGGCGUCCCAUCGCAACAGCAAAAUGGCAGAUUCCGUUACUAUUGCUUGUGCUACUGGAGCAGGUGACUUUCAUGUAAGCGCUAACUUAUGUUUAUUCCAAGAAUAUACUAUAUUUAUAUGGCAUCCUUCCGUCUUCGUGAGACAAUGGAGUAUCUAUUGACACUUAGGAGGCCGAUCCUGGAAUGGAUGUCCCUCUUAUUAUUAUUAUUAUUUCUCGCAGGAGAACCUCUUACUCUUACUCUUACUCCUGAGUCCUAGUUAAUCUUAAAUUUGGCCUCCCAUAAUGCUCCUUUUGUUGCUGCAAGGGCUUUGUUUCCCACAUCCUCUGCCUUGUUGACUCCUUCAUACACUACUGUUCGCCAGCGAUGAUAUCCCAUUCGUUGACUUAUAUAUUGGCUUCCCUCAUGAUCAUUUUGCAAACGUCCGUAAAUCAAAAUCGCUGGCGCCCAAAUAAGUCUUGCCCCUUCUGCUAACUCUCCAUACAUCAGAUCCUAUGGAAAAUGGCUUUCACUUUCCUCCAUUCACCUUACAUGACCUAACCAACGAAGUUGUCUCUUGCUAAGAGUGGCGAACAUGCUACACAUUUUGGCACGUUUCAAAACCUCUGUGACAGUAUUCUGUGCUAGGCACUUUGUCCUGCCAUCAAAUUUGUAAAAUUGUAAAAUGUGACAGACAUCUUUGGUGGAUGCUGUUGACAGUUGAGUUUCUGCUCAUAACUGGUACAUGUGGUCCACUUUUCACUGCCAUAUAGGAGCGUACUAAGUACACAUGCCUUAUACUACUUAUACUUAUAGUACUUAUACUUAUAUUACUUAUAUAGAUAUCAAGUUUUGUGCUUUCAGUUAGUUUAAGAUUAUUCUGCGCCCGCUUACUCAGUUUAGCCAUAGUUGGGGCCGCUAUUGCAAUCUUGAUGUUCACCUCUUGUUCAACGGAGAGUGAACUCGAGAUUUAUUUAUUUAUAAGCUAUAUUUAUAAGAAUAUAACUAUAAUAAAUAAGAUAACAAGACAUUAAUGAUACACAUGCCACAGCCUGCCCUUGCUCAUGCCCAUUACCAAUUUGGGGAAAAUAAUGUAGUCUAAGACUCUUCCAAAUUUUAAAAUUAUCAAAGUUCAAGGAACAAAUUUAAUUGGUUACCGGAAAUUUGUUUGAAAUAAAUUUAGUCUACGGAAAUUUGAUAGAUGGAAAUUUGAUCAAACGGAAAUUAGGUAGAAUCUUUUUUUUCAGUUCACAAUAAAAUUUUCUUUUGAACACUAUACUACAUAGUGAAACAAAAUAAUGAGUUCAAAAAGUAUUUCUACGCAAAAUUUUAACGAGUGAACUGAAAAAAAGAUUCAACCAAAUUUCCGUCUAUCAAUUCUCUGUCGAAAUUUCUUUCAAACAAAUUUCCGGAGACAAAUUUAAUUCAGUGUCUCACUCACACUGAAGGAGGUUUUUUCCAUGCACAAUCCUGCAAGUAGGCUUGCUGGAAUAACUAAUAGGCCUACUAAAAUAUUUGAAGAAUGCACACAUUUUCUCCAAAAAUGUCUUACUUCUUCUAUAUAUAAGUUAUAAUAUAAGUUAAUAUAAGUUGUAAGAUUGAUUUCAUUAGAUUUAUGCCUAAGUAAGAAAUGUGAUAAUUUGAUAUUUCCAUGCCAUAGCCAUGCCACAAUACAUGAAUGUCACAGUAAUAUUAUUUAACGAAAUCUAUUUACUAAAUAAUUAAGGAUUAUUGACCCGAGAUUUUCAUUUAAUACAUAUGUCUGAUGAUGUGUGUUGAGUGUGUAAGUGUAAUUUUUUAAAACGGGUACUAACAUUUAAAAUAUUUCCUUUAUUCAUUUAAUGAAAAGAAAGAUGAACAUCAUAAAGAAGGUAAAGUUUUAUACUUUUUAUUUUAACCACUAACACUAACACUAACCAGUCAGUGCCAGCACCAUACACCAGGGGUGACUAACAUGUGUCAAAUAUUGCAACCUGUAGAUGCUUCAUAAAGUAGAUCUGUGCUUCUCAAACUUUUCAAUGCGACAAACUUGCAGGAAUCAUUCAUAUUUGCAAUCAGAAAUGACCAGAUCCCAAAUUGUUGAUAUUUAUCUACGGUUAUCUCCUUCAAUUUUCUAUCAUUUGCAGAACAGUCAUUUGGGGCUUACUGACUAGCAUCUGUUUACAGUCCAGGAAUUUGAGUCGCACUACAAUAUAGGUCACAUUUUUAAACGACUUUGCAAUAAAUUCAGUACCAUUCUUCAUUAUAUUCAUUAGUAUUAUACAUGAAAGUUUUAUGUAUAUUGUUUUAAUUUGCAAAAUAGACUGUUAAAAAUCUACUGGAUUCUGGUGCAGAUCCUAACAUAAGAUCUCCAGAAGGAAUGACACCUCUUGCCAUUGCAGCAUUCUGGGGAUAUGACAGUAUAGUACAAAUCCUCAUUGACAUGGGGUAAGUAUAAAUAUACAUAUACACACACAUAUAUAUAUAUUAAUAUUAUAUAUAUAUAUAUAUAUAUAUAUAUUUACAAUUUCACUUCCAUGAGUUAGUUACCGGUACCACUGAUAGCAAUCAAACUUUUAUUAAAAAUAAAAAACAAUGUGUAAGCAAUGAGACUGAGACUACUGGGGGGACUAUUAUACAUUUGUAUAUCUGCUGCAUUUAAAAAAACAUUAACUCUUGAUGAUAAAUUAAUUUAUAAACUUUUUAUAUUUCUAAUCUAUUCUUAGUUUGUCUUUAAUUAGGAUGAGGUAUUUUAAUUUUGCUUAUUCAUGAAAACUGGCUAAGAUUUCAUAACUCUCUUUAUUACAGUUAGAAGUUACAUUACACCCUAUAAAGAUUUUAAUAGCAUUACUUUAUUAUAAGUACUGUAAGAAAAUUUGAAUGAUUGAACUCCUCACUUCCUCAGACUAUUGUUUUACUACUCAAAAUCACUUAAAUUCCUACACAGAUUGUAAUGUAAUAAGCAGCUGACAAAAUUCAUUCUUCUUGUUAAUUUCUCCUAUUCUACUCUAGUUGUGUCUUCAUUUUUCUCUUUUCUUAGCUACUCUUUGCAACUCAUUCCAGCUAUACUUCUUGCUGUUUUUCUCAGUCUUUUUGCUGAGAUCUUUUCUCUAUCUGAUCUGUUCUUUAUUUUCUCUGUAUUGUCCUGAAGAUUCCAUGACAGAGUUUUGUUGAGUAUGGAUACCGUGUACUAUUUGAUUAUGGUUCCCUCAGUUUGUGGCAGUUUUUCCCAACCAUUUUUACCAUCUUAGUGGAAGAGUUAAAAAAAAAAUACUGUAAUUCACUGUCUGUUAAAGACUCUGAAUUCAACACUGUAGGAUACUUGACUAAUUACCUCCCUUUAAGGAUUUCUUCUUAACUGCUGUGGUAUUUCAAAUGAUUUGAAUUUUAAUAAAUGCAGACUUUUCCAACUCUGCUUUUUUUUUAGCCUCAUUUUUGUCUUAAAGUUUAUUCUCACAAUUUAUAUGUCAUAAGAAGUAUGAUAUUUUAAAUUCAAUAUUUACAGAACUGAUAUAAAUGCAUGUAACACUGGAACUCUGUGGACACCUCUUCAUUGUGCUGCAUUUCAAGGGCAUGGGAAAGUAGUAAUGUUACUUAUGGACAAUAAGCCUGAUCUUUUCAGAACAGAUGCACAAGGGAGGUAAUAAGCUUCACACUAACAACUCAUACAGUUUGAAAUGGGAAAACUAAUACUGGUACCGAAAUUAAAAUAUUUAAAAAUUUAAAAAGCUACUCUUUCUAUAUACCAGGUAACCUUCGCGUUUGAUCUAACCAAGGUUCUUGGACACAUUCAAAUAAAUUAAUAUUUCUUUCUUUUUUUUUUUAUGUACGGUACCAGUACUGGUACUUUAAUAAAUCUGAUACUUUUGCAUAACCAGUAGUAGUAGUCAGUUAAGUUAGUCAUUGAAUGAUGUUUUUUAAAAUAUUAUUAACUUUAUCAUCCGGCUUACUGGUCAGCUAACUUCUAGUUGAGACUACUGAGAGUGAGAGGCAGCCAAAUUUCCAUUACCCUGCAGCAAUCAACAUUAAAUAUUUUUUAUUGACCCCUUCCUAAUGCUUCAUUUCUUUAUGUAGGUAACAUUAAAUAUCAAUAUUAUUAUAUUCUGAUUCUAGAACUGCUGUGGACUUUGCGUCAGCUCUUGAUUCAAUAUGGGCAUUUUUUGAAGGUAAGAAAAGAUAAAAAAUAUUAAAUUUAUUUUUAUACUGGAGCCAUACAAUAUUUUAUUAAAAAUUAAGAUACCCAAUCAAAACUAUUGGUAUAUGAUGAAUUUAAUGCGAUUAAAUUAUAUAAUAUUAUUUCUUUCAAUGGCUCAAGUUAGAGGUCAUUAAUCUUUUUCAAUGUAAAAUUCCCAAAGGCUAACAAAAUUGCAAAUGCACUGCCAAUCUGCAGGCAUAAGGAGUUGUUCAUUAAGGACAUAUGCAAAGAGGAAGUAAGGGGGACUUUGUUCAAAUGUGCACAACUGGGGCAGUAUAAAGAAUCUUGCGGAUGUCAGCAAGUUAGCAUAUUUUUGCUACCGUACUAGUCAGAAAUUGCAUUUAUUCCAGUAUGGGUAUGUAGUUUAAAUUGUGCAAAUCUAUAGCUGAUAUACAAGUAAUUAUUUAUUGUAUAAUCUUAAACAAAAAGAAACAAGUAAAAACUUCAUGAGGGAGAUCACUCACUAAUACUUACUACUAUUAAUUAUUACCAGUGACCAGUAAUGAAAACAAGCAAUGUGACUUUGUUUUUUAUUCAGCCAAUUGGGGACAUGAGGGGAGUUUUUUUUUGUCGUGGAUGUCCUUUAUGAACAACACGGAAAAAUAUAUAAUUAAAUUUAAAUAAAAAGUCUGUUAUCUACGACCAACACAGCUUCUGGAGUGAUGAUUAAAAACAUGUAGGACCAGGUACAGUACCAUUAAUUAAUUAAUUUAUUGACAUAGAGAAUAUAUUAUAAAUGAGAUAUUGUGUACAAGUAGCAUCGUUGAAGUGUAAUAAUCAAUUUCUAGGGCUUAACCCAGGGCAGUUUUUUUUACACAGGGUCUGAUUAUUUUGAAAAAAUACCUGGCAGGUCCAAGUGUCACAAAAAAAAGUUAACUCCCUAUUUCUCUAAAAUAUGCCAGCCUUUAACUUUAAACAAUGGUUCUAAAGAGAGUUCUACACCCUGCCUACCAGCUUUUAUACAAAAGGCCUACAGACAGUCCUACCCGUGGCAUUUUAUUGAUAACUAUAAUAGUCGCCUCUGAAAUAAUUCAAACAUUUUACCUGAGUUCAACAGUCACACAUGACGCUUAUUGCUUGACAGCUUUUUUCCCCCUCACUACUAUUAGUAUAAUAUAAAACAUGUUGAGUAGGGGGAGGGCCGGUUGUGAAAAGGAAGCAGCCACACAGAAGCAAAAUAUAAAUAAGAGAAACUUUUUUACAGUUGCUGGCUGCAAGCGGACAGCUAAAGCUGAUUUAAUAAGAAUGAACAUCAUAAAGAAGGUAAAGUUUUAUACUUUUUAUUUUAAACACUAACACUAACCAGUCAGUGCCAGCACCAUACACCAGGGGUGACCAACAUGUGUCAAAUAUUGCGACCUGUAGAUGCUUGAUUUUGAAUGGGUAUGUCUGAUAAGUGAGAGUGAGAGAAAAGAUAAAAUGAUAUCAGUACCGUAUCAUAUUAACUUAAUUUUUUUUUUAAUUAGCAUUUCAUUAUGUGCAUUUAUUAAGAAUAGAUAAACAACUCUUUACAACACUUAGUAUUAUCAGUUGUGACCUGACAUUUCAAUAUAAGAUUUAAUUGAUAUGUUUCCGGCAAAAAUUCAACUCUCUAGCUAAGAGUAAGAGCCCAGCAAAGCCAUUUGGGUUGGCCACCCCUGCCGCACACAAACAUCUGUAGACGUGACAUUUGCUCCCAAACUAAAUUGAAUUAGAAUGAUAAUUUCUUCUAUCAUACAGUAGAGAUCAAGAUUUUACAGUAUUUCAAUAUUUUUGUUCAAAUAGGUCGUGUUACUAACUUACCGUACAUUUAAUUUUUACUACCGUACCGAGUCAGGUAGUUUAAUCUUGUAAAUAUGUUACCGGUACUGGAUUGAACUACCGGGUGUACUAGUACUAAAGUUAACCAUGAAUUACGGGUAGUUAAAAUUUGUGCACGGUACCAGUACUGCCUUUGGCUUGCACCUUAAUAUUACCGUUACUGUGUAACCUGGUGUUAAUAAUACUCAUAACAUUUUGACGCUAAAAUGUGCAUGUUUUUCAUCUUCAGAUAUCAACAGAGGAAUCAAAAUCAAAGCACAGGCAUAGUUUUUUGCAUACAUUCACAAGACCAGGUUCUGCCUAUGUCUUAAAUGAAAAUAUGAAUGAUAUGCGAGCUGCUGAAAUGGUAAUUAUUACCGUACUGUUGAAUUUGAAUGAUAGUAUCAUUUUUUUUUAUUGAUAGUCUAGUCUAGUUACUUACUUAGUUGGUAUGGUACCGAUAUCUCACUAUCACUACCAGUAUCUGUAUGAUGUACCGUAGUAUGAGUAACUGUCAAGUGUCAGUCAGUGUAACUGAUGAUUAUUUUUGUAGUGUAUUGAGUGAACUUUGUGACCUGAUUGUGCUAUGUUGUAACUUGGUUUCUUUGAUGUUAAAUUUAAACUUAACUUAAAAUACUUAAAAUGUGUAAAUGUUGGUUGGAGAAUGGGAGUAUUUGGUCAUGUGGUGAUGUGAGGUAUAAUUUAUACCGGUACAAUAUAAAGAAUGUAGAAUGGUGGAUAAAUGUUGUUACACAUCCCACAGAGUUGAUAUUUUAUAAUACCGGUACUGUACUAUGAUGUCAGAUGCACCAUCUCCACCUGCAACAACAGCUAGAAUUAAAAUUAAACGGAAAUGUUGCUGUGCAUUGGAAUGGAAGAGAUUUAAAUUUAAGUGUUAAGCAGUCAUUUGAAAAUUACAAGACAGACAGUGGACCAUAUACUAUAUACCAAGAGUAAAGAGGUGCAGAGCUUGACUUUACUGCAUGUGAUGUUGAACAUUUUUAAUACCGGUACGUUCCAGUGGAUUGGCGAAGAAUGUGACAUGAAUAUGUUUAACCACACAGGCAAUUGACUCAAUUGUAUUUUAAAAUCACUACUGGUACCGGUACUUACCAAGUAAGAAUAAGAAUGUAAAUGUAACAAUUGAAAUAAGUGAUGGAGAGACAUUGGUUGAAUGAUACCCGUACGGUAUUGAUAUUUUUUUUAAACGGACCUCAAGUUCAAAACUCAAGGCAAAGUCAUGUGAAUUCAAAAGUCUGAACUGAAAGACUUGAUCUUGAUAAAGGACAGAGGGGUGGGGGGUAUAGAAAUGUUUUAUACCAGUAAUUACUGAGGGUUUGGUCAAAAAUUGUUGGGUAAUAAACAGACAUUGAUUACAUGCGCAGUUACAGAAAAAACAGAGAUGUUGGAAUUUUUCGAAUUUUAAAAACACAAUCCAUGGGUCUGCCAGCAAUGAGCAACUUAAUGGGGAAAUGAAACAUUGUGUUCCUAUCCUAUUCAGAUGUACUUUCAGUUCAGUGUGAUUAGUACCGGUACCCGGUACCAGUACAUGCAGCAUAUAUACUAUCUCAUAUUUGUCAUGUCUGCAUAAUUUAAUUUUCAUUGAUUUUAAGCUACAGGUAGUAAAGGGUACGGUACCGGUAUUUAAAAUAGUAAGACUGCACAGUAAUAGAUUAAAUUGAAAUGCUUUAAAUAUGUUUAAUAUUAACACUAGGGUACCGGUAGUGUACUGUUCACUUACAAUUAUUUUUUAAUAGGCUUUGAGUCUGACCACCAGUGUUGUCAAGACCAUAGGGCUUGUAUGAAGUAUUAUUGUAUUUUCUAGACAGUAUUUUUUACUUAAUUGUAGAAACUACCAGUACCAUCUUUUACUUUUAUAAUCAGAUAGAUUUUAACCUCUACAUGGUUGGUCGAUCCAGAAUUGGGAAACUUUUUAGUAUUAAGAUGAGUGUUCAAUUCAUUUAAUAUCAUUUCCAUGUGCAACCCAUUUUAAUGAACCUGUACUGUACAGAACUUGGCACUACCUGCAUUUAAAAUCUAACAAACCGGUAAUAAAUUUUCAGACAGCAGCAUUAACAGGAGGUGAUGUCCUAGCUGGGAUGGACUGUGGUCAAAAUGAAAGUACCAGUACCAAGAAAAUCUUGAAGCAUCCAUUAACCAUAUGGAACUUCUAAAUGAGAUGAGCAAUGAUGAAAACUACAGAAUCAGGAUUGUAAAUAAUUUGUCUAGUAAUUAAAUUCAGUCCUUUGUUUGAUGGCAAGUGUUAUUGUACAUUGUGAAUAUCUCCUCAAAAUGGUGUAGAAUUAUCUUUUCCAAUAUAGUAAUAUGUGGGCAAAAAUGUAUUUAUCACUAGUUUUCAUUAAACGGGUAUUCAAUAAUACAAAUUAGUUAUUCAAAUGGUGUUUUUAAACUCCAAAAAGGUCUUAACUAUAGAACUACACAAGUAUUGGACAUUUAACAAAAAAACAAAAGCAAAAAGAUAAUAGCAACAUUUAUUGCUCAAUUACAAUAAAUUUUAAUAUAUUUUCUCCGAAGGGCCCAUGGUGCUCUUUAUGUAGAGAGCUCUAACAUUUUGCCAAUUUUUCUUUAACAGAGAGACAAGGAAGUUGAUAGCCAGUGUGAUGUUCUGGUACAACUCUUCAGAGUUCAUGUUCACAUGUCCAACACACACUGCCAAGCACAAUACCUGAAAGAGAAUUUGAGAAUGUAUCAAAUACUUGCUUGAAUAAACUUUUCAAUAAGCCUAUUCAUAUAAAAAAUGGAUUAAUAGGCACAAACUUGCAUGUAAUAAAAUACUAGAAAUACUACUGUAAUAACUACCUUCUUCAUCUGGAACUUGAUUGUGGCUUUUGUCUCCUCCACCUUAGCAUUAAGACUGU